AUGGCUUGUAGAAUGUUAUAAACAGAUGGUAUUUAAAAGGAAUCUUAUCUUCUCAGGAAUGGAAGGAAAGGGACGUCGAGCUGUUCUGUCCAGUGUUUGGGAGAUGACGCUGUCUGAGCGACAGAAUGCAGCGUUGUUAUUGGAAAGCACAACCGCGAAACCUUUUAUCUUUUGUAGGUAUUACUUCAAAUGUUUCUUUUGCGAACAGAAAUACUCUGAAGUGCACGCGUUGUUGAAUCAUAGCAGCGACCACGAAAUGCCGGACAGAGAUGUAAUUUUAAAGGAGUUUCUCACAAAAGGCAAGAAGUCUGUCAAAGUAGAUAUAUCUGAGCUCAAAUGCAAGAUAUGCAGUGCAACCUUUUCGAAAAUUGACGAGAUUCGAGCCCAUUUAACUUUAGAACAUAGCAAAAUCUUCACUCCUUCAGGUAAUGGGCUCAUUGUUUACAAUUUGAGCUUGAAAGACAGACAAUUCUCUUGCCACGUUUGCCAUAAAUCUUUCCAAACGUUCAUACUUCUGAAUCGACACAUGAAUGUUCACUUCAGCAAUGCGGUCUGCGAGACAUGCGGCGCCGGUUUCAUGACCUACCAGCGCUUGAUACAGCAUCGAGAAACGCACUCCCCCGGCGGCUAUCCUUGCCCGAAAUGUAGCAAAACGUACACCACAAAUUCCAACCUCAAAUACCACAUUGAAAAAGCGCACGAGGGUUCGGCGAAAUCGAAAAUACUCCGGUGUCCACAUUGCCGCGAGCGUUUCUCUGAACAUUUCCGGAAACUGAAACAUCUGAAAGAAGCGCACGGUAUAACUUUCACCUUCGAAUGCGAGGUGUGCAAGUCGAAAUUUCCCAGUCGCAGAGCGUUAACCACGCACACGAAUAAACAGCACACAGACAAGACUCAGUGCCAUAUAUGUACGAAGAGCUUCAGUUGUGUUACCACAUUGAAGAGGCAUAUGGAUUCCCACACGGGUGAUAGGAAUUUCGUGUGCGGUAUAUGUCAAAAAGCCUAUAGACAAGAGAAAAGUUUGAGACGCCACAUGACGGUGCAUGUUCAAGAUUUUAAUUGUAAUUAAUGUCCAUUAA